CGGAAUCACCGAAUCGCCAAAAGUUGUUGGAAAAAAUAGGAAUUACACAGUGAUGUAUUUUUUGUCGCCUCGCAUGGUUACCGAAAGGAUGAAACAUGGCUGAGGUAAAGGAAAGGGUAAAGAGAUCGUCAGUAACGAAAUACACCAAUGAAUCAGAUCAAUGCGAAAAGAUCACCCAGAAAUAAUUUAUUGAAACACCGGGGGCGAAGUGGUUUCGUGUCGUUUGAUUAUGUUACGACUAGUGGAUCCCAACGAGGUUAAACCAUGGCAGAGCUGUGCAAUAUGUAGCGACAAGGUAUUUUUUAGGACACCAAGAGAAUUUAGUUCUCAUCUAAGACAGGUGCACUGCACAAAAGAAGGAGGAUCGUUCGUUUGCCGUUAUGGUAAAAAUGGCGUUUGUCCUUCCCUACCUGUUGAAGGUGUCAGCGACAAAGACUACGAGGAUCAUGUAAGGAAGAAUCACACAAAAGUGGAGGAGGUAAAAUCAGAGAGUCGUGCUCCUGUAACCACUGAUGAAUCACUAUACCCAAGACCUAGAUUACCACCCAUCUCAUUUCCUAAUGCAAGUUCUUUCACGGUAUAUUCUUCUACACAAAACCUUCCUGCCAUCUUAAAUGACCCACGACUGCUGAAAAGACAGACAGACUUCUUCACCAAGACAUGGGGUGAAGAUUUUACAUCACAAGAUGUUCCACCCCUCACAUUGCUACCAAAUAUCCCCAAAGCUUCCUUUGAUGACUACCUCAAGAAAACUGAGUUUAGGUUCAAAGUUCAUCACAAAAUCAAGAAAAACUCAAUUGGGGGUGCAACUACAGCAACUCCUGGUGACACUGGGUUUACAGCAGCUGCUGUUGCUGCAGCCAAAAGACAGAGUGUUGACAAAGCUGCAUCAGACAUCAGCCUAGUACCAAAGGUGUUCAUGAUGCCCAAUUUUGCUUUGGAAGACCCUGAGAUCUUUAACAAUGUCCUUCCUUGGAGUAUGGUGACUCAAGAACCAGCUGAUGGUGCAAGGGCUGUGCCAAGGAACUCAGCAAAGCUUCUUCAGGAAAAGUUGUCGCAUUACUUGGACAUCACAGAAGUGAAUCUGGCUCAUCAGAUCUCACUAAGAUCAGAAGAUUUCUUUAGUGCAAUGGCAUCCCAAGAUCAGCUGCAGGAUCAUGUUGGAGAGACAAUCAGUGAGAUUAAACAUUUAAGAAUGAAGGUGCAAAAAGUUCAAGAGGUUUUGUGUUCAGGAUUCCUGAAUGUUCUCAGGCUUUCAUCGUUGAGAUCUAAAUAUGUCAGUGUUUUUGAAAAGCUGAAAUUGAUGGCCACAGUUCACCAAACCCAGCCAACAAUUCAGCUGCUUUUGUCCACUUCAGACUUUGUUGGUGCACUGGAUUUGAUUGGUACUACUCAAGAAGUUUUGCAGCAAGAACUUGCGGGCAUUCAAAGCUUUAGACACUUAGGCUCACAACUGGCAGAACUUGAACGAGUGAUCGAGAGAAUGAUGGAAGCAGAUUUUGUUGAGUUUGCAACAGCCAACCUUACCAGGACAUCAGAGGAUGACAUGGAGAGCGAAGGACUUGUUGAUGAGGAUCGGCUUGCGUCUGUAUUGUUUGGUCUUCUCCGGAAACACAAGUUGCAUUUUCUUCACUUGUAUCGUGACGAAGCUUAUGCUACAAUAAAGAGUACAGUAAGACAGACAGUACAAGAUAUUGUGACAGACAGCAAAGAGAAUGAAGAGGAAAGUCAAAGUAUUAAUGAUGCAAUGAGGGGCUUGGAUUUCCUGCAAUGGAUGAACAUGCUGGAGAAAGUGUUUAAUGCAUCUCUGUGUGUUCUGCGAAGGAUGCGGGUGUUGCAUCAGAGCAUUGUGCGAGUGUUGAUGAUAGCCGCUGGAGGUGUUACAACUCACUUCGAUCAAGAUGACUUGGAAAGUUUAGGCAUUUCUGAAUCUGAUUUUCUUAAACCUGUUUGCAGUGGAAUGGACAUCUUGAUAAACACAACUGAUUAUAAGAAACUGACGCAGGAAAGUAAGGAGCUGUUAUGUGCAGGUUGUGAAAUGGCACAGCUGCGUUGUGCGAAACUUAUUAAUGUUAGAGGAAAGGCUGGUUAUCUGGACAGCUUAUCCUCGGCAGAGUUUGUUAGGCUGACACGUAUGGUGGAAGACUUUGUUAUGGACUGUGAGAAAAUAUGUGGACGUCAGAGCCAUAGUCUGAGGGCCACUCUUUUGUCACAAGCUAAAAAAUUUGUGGAAAGGUUCCACGAGGAACGCAAAAAUAAGUUAAGUCUGAUAUUGGACAAUGAGCGAUGGAAACAGGCUGAUGUUCCUACAGAGCUCCAGUCUUUAGUGGACUCCUUAGUUGAUGGUGUUUACCCACGGGGCAAGGAGCCAACUUUUUCUAUAGGUCCCACGGCAACUAGCGACAGCAAGCCAUCCCCAGUUUUAUUUGUUAAUGGAGAAAAAUUUACGGUUGUUGGAACAGUGCUGUUAUUGGUGAACAUGUUAGUGGAAUACUGCCAGUGUGUAGAUGACACCCCGAUGCUGGUCACAGACAUUAUGAAUAAAUUGUUUGAAACUUUGAAGAAAUGGCAAUGGCAGAAGACCUUGACACGUGCAAUAAUAACAUCACUACCACCAUUAUGGAAAGUGCAGUGGAGACCGCUGGGAGAAACAAACCACCAAGACAGGAAAAGCUCUCCAGAGUAACAAGGCAACUUAGAGAGAAGCGGCGCCAGAUGAAGAGAAGUGGAACAGAUGUACAACACAUUGAGUACACUGAGAUCUGUAAAGCCAUCAGACAGCGCAUGAAGGAGGAAAUAAAUAGCUACAAUGAAGAAGAACAGUUAAAACCGCUGGCAAACAACACAGGCCUCAUGUCUACGAAACGGAUGCAGUGUCAGGCAGAAACAACAUCGUUGCCUUUAAAGAGAAAGACGGUAGGCUCAUUGAAGACCGUGACAGGAUGAUCAAGAGGUGUGAGGAGUUUUACACCGAACUCUAUAGCACCAGACGACUACAGGAUCAACCUUUCAAUGAUGGCCACUACAUGGAAACAGGUCCAAUCCCUCCCAUCCGACAAUCAGAAGUGAGAAACGCAGUCAAGCGUCUAAAGCGUGAUAAGGCUCCUGGAGAGGACAAUAUCACCGCUCGCAUUCUACAGGAUGGCGGAGAGCCUAUUGUCAAGAUACUCACAAAGCUGUUUAACAGAUGCGUUGUGGAAGGCAAAGUCCCCAGCUGUUGGAAAAACGCAUCGGUAAUCAUCAUCCACAAGAAAGGAGACACGGCUGAUAUUAAGAACUACAGGCCGAUCAGCCUUCUGCCAGUAACUUACAAAAUCUUUUCACAAAUCCUACUUCAAUGGAUGCAAGGUGCCUUGGAUGAACACCAACCAAUAGAGCAAGUAGACUUCAGGGCGGGUUUCUCUACCGUCGACCACAUUCACGUUGUAAGUCAGCUACAAGAGAAGGUAAACGAGAAUAAGAUUCCACUCUGUUUUGCUUUUGUUGACUACGAGAAGGCGUUCGACUCCAUUGAAUUUACACCGCUUUUCAAGGCACUGGAGAACCAAGGAGUUGAUCAGGAUCAUAUCACUAUCUUAAGUGACCUGUACAAUGGUACCACCUCGGUUCUAAAACUACAUAGGGACAGUGAUAAAAUAACGUUGGGAGCUAGACAGGGUGACAACAUAUCACCUAGACUCUUUAUAUCAUGUUUUCAGGAUGCGAUCAUAAAGAGAAUUGAUUGGGAAGGCAGAGGCCUCUCCAUGGAUGGAGAAUACCUCUCCCAUCUAAUUUUUGCUGACGAUAUCAUGUUGUUGGCCAAGUCACCAGAGGAAGUGAACGGUAUGCUCAUUGACAUCCAUAUGACAAACAAAACAGUUGGCUUCAACAUGCAUCUAGGCAAGACUAAAGUGAUGUUCAAUGACCAUGUCGGCAAGUCAAUAAUAACUGUCGAUGGCAAGACCAUUGAGGAGGCAGACAGCUAUGUCUACUUAGGAAAGACAUUGACACGAGAUAAUGACCUACUUCCUGAGAUUACGAGAAGGAUUGCAGUUGGUUGGGCAGCCUUUGGAAAAGUGGACAACAUCAUGAGAAGCCGCAAGGCAAGUAUGAAGAUCAACAGGAAGAUACACGAUGAGUACAUUCUACCAGUAAUGACUUACGGGUGCGAGACAUGGGCAUUAAACAACGCUAUGGCAGCGAAGCUUGCGGUCGCACAACGAAAGAUGGAACGUAUAAUGCUGAACAUUACCCUUCGAGACCGAAAGCAAAACACCUGGAUUCGGCAAGAAACUGGUGUAAGCGAUAUCGUCAAUGCUAUCAGAUGGCAAAGCACAGAUGGGCAGGUCACAUAGCA